AUGGAAAAGCGAGUUCGAUUUUUUUACCCAACAGCAAAAAUUUCGAGCGAAACAAGUAUAAAGCCGCUUUCCCAUUAUGACAAGAAUACCGACAUUUAUAAAACCCUUCAUAAAAAAACAAUCGAAUCUAUUUUACAACAAACAUCUUUGAAUUGCGAUAUAUAUGAACAAAGAAUGAGGGAAUACAUAAUGUCACAAAUAAUGUUUUCUACAAAUAGCGAGAACAAUGAUGAUUUUAAUGUACUUUCAGUACAAAAAGAAGCAUUUUCGAAAAUUCCACCCAACGUUUGUGUAGAACUAGGAACAGAAUACUUUACGAUUUAUAAUCCAGCAAAUAAAAAAUCAAUUGCAUAUGAAUAUAACGAAAACUUAAAACCAAUAUUGGAUUGCUUAGAAACAGAACAAAUAUCACUACCAUUUUAUGCAAUUAUGUUCAAUUUAGAGUGCAAUCCUAUAUCAAGCGGAACAAUUUUGUGCAAUAUCACAGAUUAUAGAACUGAUCCACAGAUUGAAAAGAUCAGUUUACUUACAAUAAGUCAAGAGCUUAUAAAUACAUAUACUUCUGGUUCAGAAUAUCCUCCUGAAACAGAACAAGAUUUAUAUCUUUCAAUAUAUCCAGAAAUAUGUACUGAUCCAUCUCCUGAUGUGGCUAGGGUUAUGUCAACAAUAGAUUCACGUCAAAAAAUGUGGGUUAGAGAACAAAUUCCAAAUCAACCUCCAGAUUUCCUUCCUCAACAUAAAUUAGAGGCGAAACCUAUCGAAAAACAUUACGCUCCUAUUGAUGUUGCAAGACAGGUUGCUAUCCCAGAGUCUCUACAAAUGGCGUUUAGUAGAUUGGGUUCUAUUCAAUCUAUAUUAAAUAAAUGUGUUUAA